GCCUGGGGAAGAGGUGGAGAAGGUCGGGUCGCGGGAGAACUGGCCCGAGUGUGACGUGUCGGGAAGACCCGGGUCCCACGGGUCCAGGGACAGGGAGCCGGUCCGCGCUGGGGCACGAGAGGAGGGCUGGAGCCGCUGAGAGCUUUCUGACACAGCUGGCUAUUCUAGUACCAGAAGAAAAGAGAAGAGACUUUCUGAAGAUCUGGAUGGGACGAUAGAAGUUGGGGCACAUAAAAAGAGGCAGCAAGAAUAUCAACAGCAGGAUAGUUUAAACAAACCUCUUGGUUUUGCGGGACCUUUGUUAGUUGCCUGAGUAACUUGAGUUUUUGCUUCAGAGGAUGAUGGGACAAGGAGAGUUAUGUUGGAUUCUUGCUUAUCCAUCUACCUCUCCUUCCAGUUGGAAAAUUCUUCAGUUCACAAGAAGUAUUAUAAAUAAGCUUGAAGAAGGUAUCUUUCCCUGAUCUUGGAUGUUGUUGGAUUCAAGGAUCACAUCUACUUCAUCAGGACUUUAUGGGAGCAGUUCAAGAAAAACAGAAGGAAGCAAUACUUAAAGGAUUUAUCUGCCUUAUUCUUGUGCCAUGUUACAUGUUGGGCAUUGUUUGGAGCAAGUGACAGGCGGCUCUGUCAUGUGGAUCUAAGAGGCUACCUGAGUCCCUUGAGCUAUAUACACACACACACACACACACACACACACACACACAUAUAUAUAUAUAAAAUGUUUGUAAAGUUGUAAUCUCAAAGUCUUUGAAUAUAAAUUCACUACAUUCUGGAUUCUAUUUCUUCUGAGGACUUCAGCAGAAGGAAAUUUCCCACCAAAAAGAUACAGAAUCUUCACUGUGUUUUUAGGUUAAAUGUGAACAGUAAUGUCUUGGAAGAGAAAUUACUUUUCAGGGGGCCGUGGUAGUGUCCAAGGGAUGUUUGCACCUCGGAGCUCAACCUCCAUAGCCCCCAGCAAAGGCCUCAGCAAUGAGCCAGGACAAAACAGCUGUUUCCUCAACAGUGCUCUGCAGGUUUUGUGGCACUUGGAUAUCUUCCGACGUAGCUUUAGGCAGCUCACAACUCACAAGUGCAUGGGAGAUUCCUGCAUCUUUUGUGCUCUCAAGGGAAUCUUUAACCAGUUUCAGUGUAGUAGUGAAAAAGUGCUUCCAUCUGAUACUCUCCGCAGUGCUCUGGCAAAGACUUUCCAGGAUGAACAGCGUUUCCAGCUGGGAAUUAUGGAUGAUGCUGCAGAGUGUUUUGAAAACCUCCUGAUGAGAAUUCACUUCCAUAUUGCUGAUGAAACCAAAGAGGAUAUAUGUACUGCCCAACACUGCAUUUCUCACCAGAAAUUUGCAAUGACACUGUUUGAGCAGUGUGUGUGUACUAGCUGUGGCGCCACUUCUGAUCCACUGCCUUUCAUCCAGAUGGUGCAUUACAUCUCCACCACUUCCCUUUGUAAUCAGGCUAUUUGUAUGCUUGAAAGACGAGAAAAGCCUUCACCAAGCAUGUUUGGUGAGCUACUGCAGAAUGCCAGCACUAUGGGGGAUCUGCGGAACUGUCCGAGCAACUGUGGAGAGAGGAUCCGGAUUCGCCGUGUUUUGAUGAACGCUCCACAGAUUAUCACAAUUGGGCUGGUAUGGGACUCAGACCACUCAGACUUGGCAGAGGAUGUUAUCCACAGCCUGGGCACCUGCCUUAAGCUGGGUGAUCUGUUUUUCAGAGUGACAGAUGACCGGGCUAAGCAGUCUGAACUGUACUUAGUAGGAAUGAUUUGUUACUAUGGCAAACAUUAUUCUACAUUCUUUUUUCAAACAAAGAUCCGCAAAUGGAUGUAUUUUGAUGAUGCCCAUGUCAAAGAGAUUGGGCCCAAAUGGAAGGAUGUAGUGACCAAAUGCAUCAAGGGGCAUUAUCAGCCCUUGCUGCUGCUUUAUGCAGAUCCCCAGGGUACUCCGGUGUCCACCCAGGACCUGCCUCCCCAAGUUGAGUUCCAGUCAUACAGCAGGACGUGCUAUGAUAGUGAAGACUCAGGGAGGGAGCCCUCCAUCUCAAGUGACACUCGAACAGAUUCCUCAACGGAGAGCUAUCCCUACAAACACUGCCACCACGAGUCUGUGGUCAGUCACUUCUCUUCUGAUUCUCAGGGGACAGUCAUCUAUAAUGUGGAGAAUGAUUCCACGUCUCAGAGCAGUCGGGACACAGGACACCUGACUGAUAGUGAAUGUAAUCAGAAGCAGACAUCCAAGAAAGGGUCCUUGAUAGAACGGAAGAGGAGCUCUGGCCGGAUUAGGAGGAAAGGCGAUGAGCCGCAGGCCUCAGGGUACCACAGUGAAGGAGAAACACUGAAGGAGAAGCAGGCUCCUAGGAACACCUCCAAACUCUCCAACAGCACCAACAGGCUAAGGGAUUUUAAAGAAACAGUCAGCAAUAUGAUCCAUAACAGACCAUCUCUGGCUUCUCAGACCACUGUAGGGUUUCCCUCUGGAGGGAGGGGAGGAGACCAGCCUGAGAAAAAACCCCCAAAGACCCUGCCUUUGCACUGUCGUGACUGGGAAGUAGAAAGUACCAGUAGUGAGUCGAAAUCCAGUUCUUCCAGCAAGUACCGUCCGACCUGGAGACCUAAAAGAGAGUCUCUGAAUAUUGACAGUAUCUUUAGUAAGGACAAAAGGAAGCACUGUGGCUACACCCAGCUUAGCCCCUUUUCUGAGGAUUCAGCUAAAGAAAUUACACCAGAUGAGCUUAGCAAGCUGCCUGCUUAUGACAUUAAAACUGGUGGAUCAAGGUCCCAGUUCAAGCCCUGGGGCCCAGUGCGGCCAGGCUCUCACCUCUUAGAGCAGCACCCUCGCCUGAUCCAACGAAUGGAAUCUGGCUAUGAGAGCAGUGAGAGGAACAGCAGCAGCCCUGUCAGCCUGGAUGCAGCCCUGCCAGACAGCUCAAAUGUUUGCAGGGAUCCAAGCACUAAGAGAUCAGCUGGAUUGGUUCCUUCCUGGCGUCAUAUCCCAAAGUCUCAUAGCAGUAGCAUCCUAGAGGUUGACUCCACAGCAUCCGUAAGUGGCUGGGCAAAGAGUCAGCCCCUCUCAGGUGGAGAGGUACCCUCUAAAAGUGAACUGGAUGAGUUGCAGGAAGAGGUGGCCAGAAGGGCCCAGGAACAGGAGCUUCGAAGGAAACGGGAGAAGGAAUUAGAGGCAGCUAAAGGGUUUAACCCUCUUCCCAGCCGCUUCAUGGACUUGGAUGAACUGCAGAAUCAGGGGAGGAGUGACGGCUUUGAGAGGUCCCUGCAAGAGGCAGAUUCAGUGUUUGAAGAGUCACUGCAUCUGGAACAGAAGGGAGACUGUGCUGCAGCUUUGGCUCUCUGUAACGAAGCUAUCUCUAAACUAAGACAUGCCCUGCAUGGUGCCAGCUCUAGCACGCACAGCAGAACCCUAGUCGAUAAGAAGUUGCAAAUCAGUAUUCGAAAAGCACGGAGCCUGCAGGAUCGCAUGCAGCAGCAGCAAUCAUCGCAGCAGCCGUCGCAGCCCUCAGUCUGCCUCCCAUCACAGGGGGGGCCCCUCCCUCAGCUGACAAGUGAACAGCCUGUCCCGCUCCAAGUAUUGUUAAGCUCAGAGGCUCAACUGGAAUCCUGCACGGAUACAGAGUUUGGGGCCAAUUCUUUUUUCCACUCACCUGCUUCCUGCUAUGAGUCACACUCAUCGCUAUUCCCAGUGUCACCUGCCCCUUCUGCCCCACAACACAGUUCCCCCAGUAGGUCUGCCUCAAAGCUUCCAACUUCAGUUGGGAUGGACAACACUGACCCCUCUGCAUUCCACAGGCAGGGCUUACCUAAUACACCGGGGAGGACUGAGAAGAAUUUUCAUCAUGGUUGGGAGCCAUUGGAUGCCCCAGAGGGUAAGCUGCAAGGCUACAAGGGUGAUAAUAGCAGCUGUAGCAAGUUCACUGCACGAGAAGGAAGAAUUGCUCAAGAAGAGGUAUUCCAAGAAAAGACGGAUCCUGUAGACCCAUCCUUGGUGGGAGAUGCACACAGCUUGAGUUGUAGUCCUUCAAGUUCAUCAGCUCAGCCUGGCUUUCCCCUCUAUAGGGUCUACCACUCCGCAGUACCUGCUGCUUCUUCAUCUGUGCUUCACUCUUCUGAUUCUGUGCAGAAAACUAAUCAAUGCCUCCAAGCCCAAAGCCUCAAAAUUUCAUCGAGUUCAAAAGGGGAUGGAGGCAGUGAGGAGCCUUAUAGGCCAGAGUUUCCCAGCACAAAGGGACUUGUCCGCUCUCUGGCAGAGCAGUUCCAGAAGAUGCAAGGUGCCUCCAUUAGGGAUGGGACAGGUUUGCCAAAUAAUCUGAAGAAAAACUCUUCUUCUGACUCUAAGCCUCCUUUCCUACAGGAUCAAGAGAAAGGCCACUGGCCUUGGGCAAAACAGCAAUCCUCUCUGGAUGGUAGGGACAAAAUGCCUUCCUGGGAAGAGCCUGGUGGUCAUACUUCUCUUGCCUUGAACUCUGGGCUGCCUAAUGGUGAAACUUAUAGGGGAGGACAGCCUGCAUUGGCAGAACCAGACAUAUUCCAAGGAAGGGAGUCCCAAGUGAGAGAUGCUAGACCUAAAGAGCUGAGUGGCAGCAUUGACAUGGGGGAUUCCUUGCCUUUGGAUUCCUGGGUGAAUGUUACAAGGGACUCUGAUUCUCAGCUUCAACACGGAGUUCCUGGGCCAGGAGUGAAGUCUUCCCCCCACGAUUCCCACCCAUGUGUAACCUAUCCAGAGAGAAAUCACAUCCUUUUGCAUCCAUACUGGAACCAAGACACAGACCAGGAGACCUCAGAAUUAGAGUCUCUCUACCAGGCCAGUCUUCAGGCAUCUCAAGUUGGAUGUUCUAGAUGGGGACAGCAGGACAUGGCCUGGCACCCACUUAGCCAAAUAGGGUCUACAGAUGGCACAGGGAGAAGGUUACACUCAGCUCCUGGUCUUGAUAUCUCAAAGACUCCAACAGCAGAAAUGGAGCACAGUCUGUGUGAAGCCAGCCCAGUGCCUGCUUCCCAGGUGGCAGCCUCAGGUGCUAAGGAUUCAUCAAACGUGAGGAAAAAGCCUUUGGAGACCGGGCACCGUUGUUCCAGCUCCUCAUCCCUCUCUGUCAUCCAUGACCCUCCUGUGUUUCUCCUUGCUUCCCAACUCUACCCUCCCCAACCACAGUUCCUGUCCCCAGAUGUCCUGAUGUCCAGCGUGGCAGGGGAGCCCCAUAGACUCCCAGGAACUUCAAGGAAUAUCCAGCAGUUUCUGGCUAUGUGUGACAGGGGUGAAACUGCCCAAGGGAUCAAGUACACCGGAAACACUUUGAACUACCAGAGUCUCCCUCAUCGUUCCAGAACAGAUGCCUCCUGGGGACCCUGGUCAGAGACCAACCAGCAUAUUGGGGCCAGAUACCUGACUACUCCAGGGUGCAAGCCUCAGCUAACCCACACUGCCACACUACCAGAAAGACGCCAGGGCAUUCAGGUUCCUCAUGCUCAGUCAUGGGGGGAUAUUUUCCAUUCACACUCCCACCGUCCCAUUGUUCACUGUGUGUCCCCACCAUCUAGCAGUCUUCACAUUAACCCUAGGUCAGCUUGGAAUUCAAGUCCUGUUCCAGGGUCCCGAGCCCCUGGCCCUCGAAGAAUAGAUAUGCCCCCAGAUGAUGACUGGAGGCAAAGCAGUUAUGCCUCCCAGCCUGGACACAGGAGGACAAGGGCAGAGGGUUUUCUGUUUGUUCUAGCAGAUGCCCCUGAAAGAGAACAGGUUAGAGCCAGAGUCCUGCAGCACAGCAGGUGGUAAUGAUCGCCUUACUUGGAGCCACACUUUUCUCUAAAACUGUAGUAUGGCAGAGGUGGUACCCUGCAGCCCUGCCAUGGUUGUGCCGUUCUCAUCCAGGAAACUCUGAAGAGACCUGGCUUUUUUGGAGGGGGUAGUUAAAAUUUCAACUUUCAUUCCCCUAGCAAAAGGAAGCAGCUGCUAUUCAGGGCUUUAUUUGAGCCACUUUAAAGAUGAAUCCAUGAAACUAUUCUGGACACUAGCCAUUCCUUAGGAUCUUAUGGUCACACUUUUAUUCCUGAGUAUUUUAUCCCCUACCUCCACUUGAGCCCACAUUGUCUGUUCCCUACUAUAUUCCCAACUUCUCUGUUUUAUCCACCUAUCAUAAUUUGACCCUCUGUCUUGGCCCUCUCCCAUCCUUGGAGAGACAUGUAGCCUUGUGGUCAUGAUGCAGACCACAUCAUUUCAGGGCAGCCCAGCUGCCCAGUUAUGGUCUAUACCAGCCUUCCCUGUGCUCCCAGACCUUAGGCCUAGAAUGCAGAGCUGCCAAUAUAACAUUCACCCUUCUGAAUGGAUGGAGUCAGGCACACUAACACACUGUCCUGUCCUCAGCAACAGAGCCAUUACUUCUUGCUCAGUCACCAUUGUAAACCUUCAGAGUCAGCUGAACUAUUUUAGGUCCAAACAUACUGUUUUUGUAAAGUAUUUUUCAUUAAUAAAUCUAUAAGAUAGUUCUAUUUAA